UCUCUCGCUCUCUCUCUCUCUCUCCCCUCAUCCAAACAUACACACAAACUUCUCUCUCUUCCUCUCUUCUCCCCCCCCCCUUCCCCCUCUCUGCAGAUGCAGAAACCCUGGCUUCUCUCUCCAAAAUGCGCUCUCUAUCCUCUCCCUCUCCGCCGCAGCUGGACGAUGUAUCCGACGGCACCGUUAGCGAUGCAUCCGAUGGCACGGCGGAGCGCCGCCUCCGGGAGGCGGAAGACCGCUUGAGAGAGGCCAUAGAGGAGUUGCAGCUCCGGCAGAUCCGCGCGCGGCGGCUCCAACCGCCUUGCGACCACUCGGACGAGUCGUGCGUCGCCAACGCCAUCGGCAACCUCUGCCAGAGCUUCCUCCUCGCCUACGGCGUUCGUGUUGGAAUCGGAAUUCUGCUCCGCGCUUUCAAGCUCGCUCGCCGAAAAUCCUAUUCCUCCCUACUUGAUCUCAAGCAACUUGUCUCAGAGAAAGAUUUGAUAGUAAGAGAGGAAGCAUGUCGAAUUGGUUUGCUUUUUGGAGGAUUUACUGGAUCCUAUCAUGCCCUCAGAUGUUUGAUGAGAAAACUGAGAAAGAAAGAGACACCAUUAAAUGCAAUCUUAGCAGGUUCAGUAGCAGGUCUUUCUAUUUUAGCAUUGGAUGGUUCAAAUCGCAGGCGUACACUUGCUUUAUAUCUUUUGGCCAGGCUUGCCCAGUGUGCUUAUAAUUCUGCAAAGUCCAAGAACAAGUUUCACCUCUGGGGAAGUCAUUGGGGACAUGGUGAUGCUUUGCUUUUUACUUUAGCAUCUGCGCAGGUUAUGUAUGCCUUUGUAAUGCGUCCUGAGAGCUUGCCAAAAUCAUAUCAAGAUUUCAUCCAGAAAACGGGUCCAGUUGCAGGGCCUGUGUACAGGGCCGUGAGGGAUUGUUGCAGAGGCUCCCCUGUGGAUGUUGCCUCGUUAUCUGCUUACCUGUCUAGCAGAAAGGACUCCAAUUUUGAGAAGUUGGAAGAGUUUCCUUCAAUUAUUCCCUGUUCCAUAAUUCACCCAGAUACAAAUUCAUGUUUAGCUCACAAUGGUAAUGCAGCAUCAGCAACAUUCAGGAAAACCUUUCCACUUUAUUUCUCUUUGACGUUUGUACCGUUUGUUGUUCUCCACCUGCAAAAGUUCAUGGAUGCUCCUAUUCACACCUGUUGGCAUGCUGUUAAAGGAGCUGUUCGAUCAACAACUUUUUUGUCUGCUUUUGUAGGAAUCUUCCAGGCGGUUAUAUGUUUGCAUAGAAAGGUUGCUUCAAAAGACCACAAGCUUGUGUACUGGGUUGCUGGUGGGAUUUCUGGUCUUUCUGUACUUUUGGAGAAGAAAAGUAGACGGGGGGAACUUGCCUUGUAUGUUCUUCCACGGGCUGGUGAUUCUUUGUGGUAUAUAUUAGUGAAUCGCCAUCUACUUCCAGGAAUCAAGAACGCUGAGGUGGCCCUAUUCUGUGCAUGUAUGGGGGGGACAAUGUACUACUUGGAACACGAACCAGAUACCAUGGCUCCGUUUCUCAGAGGCUUGAUUCGUCGCUUCCUUGCUAGUAGAAUCAGCAAUCCGGGCCCCUCGACAAGUCGGGGUGCGUCUUACACAUAUCUACAAACCCUUGACGCCAUGAAAAAGCCAAAAUUGCAAGAGAGCCGCCAACCAGAAACUGGAACUUCUGAAAAAUACAAUCUUGAGUCCAUACCUGGUCUCUAAACCCAGGCUUGUUGGCCCUUUUUUUACUGUUCUCAUUUCCAAUUAGCUUGCAGAGCAGCAGAAUUUGGGCAUAAUUCAUUGAAACCUUCUCGGGGAAAUGGCUGAUGUUUAGAUGCUUCAUUUGUAUUUAUCAUGAUUGGGCCCUUUUGAGACUUUAUUCUCAUUCAAUUUUGGGGUCCUCUAUUUUCUAAA